AUGACGCGAAUUGACGAGAUCCGACGAGAAUUAAUGAGAUCUGACGAGAUCUGGCGAGAGCUGCCGGAGACUGCUGCCACCUGGUGUUCCUUGCUAAUAACAGCCCUUACAGCCGCGGCCGACUCCAGGACCGACGGGUCCGGGAGCCACCUCAACCUCUUCAGCAACAAGCAGCCGCCCAAGAAGAAGCGGAAGAGCCGGACGGCGUUCACCAACCACCAGAUCUUCGAGCUGGAGAAGCGCUUCCUGUACCAGAAGUACCUCUCGCCCGCCGACAGGGACGAGCUGGCGCAGAGCCUCGGCCUCAGCAACGCGCAGGUGAUCACGUGGUUCCAGAACCGACGCGCCAAACUCAAACGAGACAUGGAGGAACUGAAGAAAGACGUCGCUUCCCACAAGAUCCUUAGCGACCAUUCGAGCUUUAUCAAGACGAUGACGCAGAUGGGACUCCUGAAACACAAGCCAGGAGAAGUUAUAGAUAUCAAGAAGUUGACCGAAUGACUAGAAGCCGGGCGAUUUUGAUUUGUUGAAAGAGGGAGUGACGGUUUGAAGGGAGGAGACGAAGCGAGACGUUUCGAGCUCCGUUCCGAACCGCCGUUGCUGAAUCAUUAUCGCCAUGGCUUUUAUUUAUAUUGUUGGUUUUGGUCAUAUAUACAUAUAUAUACAUGUAUAUAUACAUAUAUAUAUACAUAUAUCUAUAUAUCUAUAUUUAUAUCUAUAUAUAUGCAUAUAUAUACAUAUAUAUAUGGAAGGUUUUGCCAUAUAUCUGUUUAUUUGAGAUAUUUGAAAACGAUGUGAUCAAGAAGUGAGAGACAAUGCUUAAUCGAAUGGGAAAGAAAAACAAGUGAUGAUACCCUAAUGGAGAUAUCUCAGGAAAAGUGUUUCGGAACAAUAAACAAACUAAUAAUCUGAUCAACAGUGUGUGUGAGUUCCUACCGCCGUUAACGUUAUGAAACCGAAAACGAGACGUUGAAAAAAUCUCGAGAAAUUGAGCGAAAAUAGUGCCUAAUACUUAAUCCCUUAUACGACAAAUAACACAUUUGCUAACUCGUGGAAACAUUCUGUGAAAUCUAACCACAUUACGUCACUGAAGAGAUAGUGGAGAUAAUCUUUGUUACAUGGAGAAUGACAGAAAGGGAGAGUGGAUAUGCACGUAUUCAGGAAAACAGGGGUUGUCACCAUAGAAAAAAAAAAACACUCUAAUCUUAUGUGAAAUUUGAAACAAAAAAGAAAGAAAAAUACUUUAACGUUUCUUUAGAUUUCUUGAAAAAAAUGAAUAUGCAAAGUUAUGAACUACCUAAAAACGACUAAUGAUCUUGUACUAUCGUUUAUAUGUACUACCCCCCCCCCCCAUGCCCAUACCUGCCCCCUACUCCGUACUCCCCACUCCACAACCAUGAAAAAAAAACACAAAAUGUACAAAAGAUUCAUAUAUAUUUAGCAGAAGGUAAUGCUUACAUGUACGCCCAGUGACUUGACCUCUGGAAUGUCUUCGUGGUUUAUGUACACAUCGUUCCUAAGAUUUUUUCCCAAUGGGUUUUUGUGUAUAUCAUUGUAAUUAUUUGAUUUCUUCUUUCUGUUAUUGUUAUUGUUGUUAUCCUAACUGCCAUUUUUAUAUAUUUUUUUGGUAUAGGUAUCCAUGGGGUUAUUAUUUUUAUUAACAUUCAAUGGUGUCCUUAUAUUAUUUUGAUGAGAUAGAGAUACACAUUGCCAUUAAAAUUGCCAUCAUCAGUAUUAGUAAGAACAUGAUCACCAUUAUUCCCAUAACCAUAGAUGUCACAUUUAAACAGCUCUUUUGUCAUCAACUUUUUUUUAAAGAUAACAUACGCCGUGAGAAUUCUUAAGAAUAUUCAAAAGAGAUCAGAAGGAAAACGAGAACUAUAAAGAUGAUUAGAUUUUUAUCAAAGUCACUAAUAGGACUAGAAUCCGGAUCAACAUUGAAAGUUGCAUUAGAAAUCUGUCAAUAAUUCGAAUCUAAUGAGCCAAGGCAGUAGGAAUACUGAAAUAGGUGGUCAGACGAAGCCUAUCUAUUAAAGUAUAUAUUCACUCUUAUUCUGUUUACCGCUCUCUCUUCCCUUCCUUCCUUUCUCUCUCUGCCAUUGUCUCCCUCUCUCUCUCCCU